AUGAGGAGCACAGUAUUUGGAGUUCCAGCUUUCGCCAGCUUUAUUCUGGUAUUAUUUCUUCCCCAUCCCGGAUCAAGUCAGUUUCUCGACUCAGCCUGUGGAAUUCGAGCACAACCAAAGUAUGCAAGUCGAGUGAUCAAUGGCCAAAUAGCGAAAUACAAUUCCAGUCCCUGGAUGGUUUUUUUGCACACAACUACAAAUAUAUUUGUUUGCGGCGGAACUCUAAUCACAAAAAAACUUGUUCUAACCGCAGCGCAUUGCUUUAUUGACAACCAGGAGUUAGUAGCUCGCCUAGGAGAAUAUGAAAGAACACGAAGUGAAGGAUGCAUUGGAUAUUACUGCAAUUUCCGGGAGGAGCAUAUGGUGGACGCAGCAUUUAGACACCGUCUUUAUAAUCCAUCCUCACAUGCCAAUGACAUUGCCGUUCUACGGUUGGCUAAGAGUGUAAAUUACAGAGAUAAUAUCAGGCCGAUUUGCAUUGUUUGGAACACCAACUGGAGGCAAUACAUCGAUAAUAUUGAAGUGCUUACCGGUACUGGAUGGGGAAAGACAGAGGUGGAGAGCGACAGCGAUGCAUUAAGGACACUGGACAUUCGGCGACAGCCUCCAGAUGUGUGUACUGAAUUUAUCGGAACUGUUAUCGGAAGUAACCAGUUCUGUGCGGGAAAUUGGGAAAGCAAUCUGUGCAACGGUGACUCCGGCGGUCCCCUGGGAGCAAUGGUCACUUAUAAUAAAACCCAGCGCUUCAUUCAAAUCGGUAUUGCCAGCUACACGAAUAGACAUUGUCAGAAAGCAAGCGUUUAUACCGACGUUCUUAGCCACAUCGACUUUAUACUUAGGGUUUGGAGACUGUACGGAAAUGGUCAAAGGUUGCCAAGUCAAGUGAGAGCCACCACAAUCCGUCCUCCACCUACAACGACUAUGAGGAUUCCAAGACCCAUAUUCGACUACGGCGACGGAAAUAAUUUUGAUUUUCAACUGAAUUGGGAUGGAAAUCCAAAUCCCGGCGGUUUUCAUUUUUCAUUGCCUAUUUUCUGGUAAAUUUAAAAUCACAUUUGUGAAAUAUCUGAAAACGGGUUUCAAUAUCACUUCCAUUCAUGUGAUAUAAUUAUUCUUCUACAAUUGUCUGUAUUAUGGAACCUCAGAUUCAUUGCAUAAACACUGUAAACGAUAGGAUUCUAUGGAAAAAAAUGUGCUAUAAAUAAAA